AUGUCGACUCCACAAAGAGAAAUCAAGCGAGCCUCCCUCCUCGGCCUGCCAGCAGAGCUGCGCCUCGAGAUCUAUUCGUACGUCUGCACAACAGAUCUCCGGCACACAAUCCUCAACGAAUGGCGCCACACGCACUCCUCGCAGUACGGCUUCAAAAGCGUCCCGGACCUCAUCAAGGACGAGAAACUCAUCAUUCCUUGGCUCAGUCUGAUUCGCACCUGCAAAGCUCUAGCCGUCGAGCUCCGCGCCGUGAUGAAGGAGCCCUCAUUCUUGGCCGGCGAGCAGAAUACAACAUAUGUCCUGGACCUUGAGGCGACACGCGGUGGGAUGGCGCUGGGUGCGGCGACGUGGAGGCAGUUGCCUUGUGCUCCCGGCCAGGCGAGGUAUCUUGAGGCGUACUAUAACGCCUCCUGCGGCUUGAACACUUGGGGAGAUGGCGGGCCACACGGCAUCACUAGCGGGUUGUAUCAGACGCUGAACCACCUCAUCCACUGCGGCCCAAUGUUCGACAUGGAGAGACCAUUGCCGCAGACGAUGCAUAUCAAGGAACUUCGAGUCGUGGUGGAGGAGCGAGGGAUACCGGCGCGGGAAGAAGGGAACUCGCACUAUCGACUUCGGAACCAGAACGCUGAGACGACGCUGUAUUCGCUGGGAAGUAUUGUUGGUCAGAUUGUGAAUACUGGCGUCUGGCGCGGUUUCGUUGAUAAGGUCCGGUUGAGCACUGGUGACAAGGUCCUGAAUUGGAACCCAGCAGAGGUUGAAGGGGCGGGAAUUCCAGAGUAUUGGAAUCGGUAUGGCUUCGAUUGGGGGAUGGAGUUGUACCAUCGUCCUGAGCCAUGGGGCUGA